CACGGCUGUAGCAACAGGAAGUGUGGGGCCGUUUAGCUGCAGAUAAGGAAUGACCUGUACACUUGAGAAGGUGCUGGCUGAUGCCAAAUCGCUUGUGGAGAGACUUCGUGAUCAUGACAAUGCUGCUGAGAUCCUGAUAGAACAAACCACACUACUGAACAAGAGAGUGGAGGCCAUGAAACAGUAUCAAGAAGAGAUUGAGGUGCUGAACCAGGUGGCAAGACAUCGGCCACGCUCUACGCUGGUCAUGGGCAUCCAGCAGGAAAACCGACAAAUACGGGAACUGCAACAGGAAAAUAAAGAGUUGCGCACAUCACUGGAGGAACAUCAGUCUGCGCUGGAGCUGAUCAUGAGUAAAUACAGAGAGCAAAUGUUUCGCCUUUUGAUGGCCAGCAAGAGAGACGAUCCUGCGAUAGUCACCCAGCUCAGAGAACAACAUACUAAUGAGAUGCAAGUGCACAUUGAAAAAAUAAAUGAAAUGGCCACAGUGAUGAGGAAAGCCAUCGAAGUGGAUGAAGGGCGACCAUGUGAGGAUGAAGAGAGAAUCAAACGACUGGAGCUGGAGAACAGCGGCCUGCGCGAGCUGUUGGGCAUCAGCCGCGAGGCUUUUCUGGUGCUGAAGAGCAACGACGCGUCUGACAAUACGUCUCUCUCUCCACUGCUCACCAGCACAGACGUCAGUCUGAGGAAGAGCUAAAGACCAUGACAUCACCACUCACAUGACCAGCGUGUACAAACAAACAUUCAGAGCCGUCCUACAAAUCCCACAAUCCUCCAUGAUCACAGGGUCAUGACCUCACUCACUCACUGCCAGCUCAGAUCGACCUGGAUGUCCAUCAGAGGGCGACGGCUGUCAUGAGCGAUUCUGCGUUCUCGGUGUCUGUGGGACAUGUUGAAAGCUUCAGCAUCUGAAUAUACUGGGGGCGAGUAAUUCUUCUCAUCUGAUCACUUAGUCCAUCAUCACAGCUUUUUUCAGGAAAAGUCAAAUGACCAAACUGACUCUUUAUGAAAACAGAAUCAUUUGAGCUGAGCUAAUUGAUUGGCAUAUUGUGAAUUAUUACUUGAACGUGGGACUUUCUGAAGGGAAUGUGCAUGCAAUGUGCCAUUUUAAUAAAAGGUUGUUUUUUGUUUUGUUUUUUUGCUUGUAUUUGUGACAGUGUUUUAUGUGUGUAUGAGAGAAAGUAUUGUUGUAUGUGAUUAAAUUCUAUAAGUUCAAACUGUGGAACUGUACAGAUAUUAAAGUCAAAAUGAAAUCAAAAUUGACCCUAUUUAUUUAGCACUUUCCUGGUCUUGCUGUGAUUGAUCAGUUAUUCCAAACCCCCAAAAAUAAAAUGAAAUGUUUGUCUUUAUCUUUCAUCAAAAUGUUAUCACAUUAGCUCUGCUUCUGAAACAACUUUCCAUUUUGGUUGACAUUACAAAGGAUGCAGAUUUCCACCAAUGAAUGCUAGUAUUUCAUGAGACUUGCUUUCUAUAAUCCAAUAAAUUGCCAGCCAUACAAUUUU